AUGGCUGAUCUGAAUGAAGUCGAACAAGCAACACUCUAUCUUCUCAAGAAACGACUAGAACGUCCCAGCUCGUUAUAUCCGGCAUUGACCAGACUCAACGAGCCUCGGUUGCACCGCAUCAUCAAAGACAAGAAGAGCGACCCUCAGUUAGCACAGCUUAUCAAAAGAAGAAAUCACUAUACCAGUAAAGUCUACGAGUACUUGAAUGAACAGCUUGGAAGCAAAAGUGCAGUAGCAUCUCAUACCGGUGCAAAGUCUAGUCCUUUAGUCUCUCAGUACCGAGGGCCUGAGGUCAAAUUCAUCACCAAUCGCUACCACGCCGAACUAUACAUACGACAUCGGAUUCUCAAAGAAAGUGCCAAGGUGAACAAAAUAAAGCAGCUCAUAGACCAGCAGCUAGUUCAGCAGCGACAAUGGAAGAAGGAACGUGAACAGAUGGACGAUCAGCAUCAGCAAAAGGUGAAUGCUAUCUCGAAAGGUGUGGCCAAAGCCACGGAAGGCUUUCAUCCUUCAAAACUUCAGAAGCUCAAGAUGAGCAAUCAAGGGUCUUUGGAUGCACUAAAAAGGGAGCAUGAAGCGGAGAUCAUCAAUCUCAAUAGCAGAAUUAUAGCCACAUGCAAGCACUUGAGUGCCAAAACAAUAUUCACUUUCAAGGAGUUGGAAAUUCCCUUCUUCUGCACGGUCGAACACUUCAAGUAUCCAACGCUUACUCAAGAUCAGGAGCAUGUGCUAAACUACCUUCAGAAAGCACUCAUGUAA